AUGCGUUUACGAAGCGGAUUGGAUAAGGCUAGCGAGCGAGAUAGUCGGAGCCAGCCUGCUCAAGCCGCAAGUCUCGGUAUGGAGGAACAUCGUUUUACAGAUUCUGGCUCAACUGGCGCAGAUGUUGGUUCGUCAAGUAGUGGAUCGCCAUCUGAACCCGACACUCAGAACUGUGAUACUUCCAAUAGACAGCAGGCACAAGGCAUAGUCCUCUCUAGUCAACAUGAGGAAUAUCAAGAGAUUCCAAUGGCAUCAUCACAUUAUACUCAAAGACCUUGCUCAGCACCACCAUCAUUUUAUGACCCAACUCUCUAUCCCGAACCCUCCAUUCCUGUGUUAUAUCCUACUACGUCUGCAUCAUCCUUACAGCCUUAUACAACCACAACUGCCUCUCAACCUCAACCUCAACUUCAACUUCAACAUAACUAUCCACCCUAUAUGCCAUCUCACAUAAAUGCACCUCAGCCUGAGUCUAUCUACACCUCCGCACCUUCAUACCCCUACCCACCACCACCACCAGCUCCUACACCACCACCGCCUCCCCCACACUCUUGUCACUUUGACCCCUCUCAAAAUUAUCCCCAAGCUCAUCUACCAUACCACCAAUCCCAAAACCAGUACCACCUCCCUCUCACCCAACCUCAACCUCGAACACCACACCUCCCAUCCAUCAGACCAAACUUCCCUCCUCUUCCCACUUCCCAAACUCAACUCCAGACUCACCAGCCACAUUACCAAUCCCAAGAAAGUCCCUGGUCUCCACUUGAAGCGCAUGAAUCCCGCAAACGCCGCGCUUCAGAUGCGUUGAGUAGUGCCGGACUGGGCGUCGCUGACGCAGAUGUGGAUUGGGGCUAUAAGGAUAAGAUGGGUCGGGAGCUUGAUUCUCUAGAGAUGGAAAGUAGAAGUAUGAGGAGAAGAGAUGAACGGGGUGAAGGUAGCGAGAGGGGAAAUGUACCAGGAAGUAGCAGAAGAAGUAGAAGAAGAUUGAAUGAUGAAGAUGUAGGGAAUGGAAGUGCGGGACGAAGACAAGGAAUAGAUGAAGAUGAAGAUGAAGAUGAGAAUGAAGUUGAGUACGAAGCAAGAAUGACGCGAGGGGAAGGGGAUGAAAGUGAUCGAGGAAAUGGGCAUGCGUAUUCUUGA